AUGACACGAGUGCCUUUUGGAGCCAAGUCCAGUCCCUUUCUUCUUGCUGCCACUAUACGUCACCACCUGAGAGCAGCAGAAGAAACAUACCCACGCACGGCGUCCUUACUUUCCAACCAUUUCUAUGUAGACGACCUCGUUGUUGGUAUGCCAUCGCCGGAAGAGGCACUUACUGUUUACCACGAGUCGCGGCAAAUCUUCCGCGACUCGGGCAUGAAACUGGUUAAGUGGACGAGCAAUAAUGCUCAUCUCCGGGCUACCUUCGACGCCGAUGGGACAGGAAGUUCGACCACGUCGCCACUAAGGAAGGUCCUAGGAAUUGUUUGGGAUAUCGAGACAGAUGAAAUUCGGUAUCCGUUGAAGUCAAUAUCAGAGUUCCUGGAGCGACGGUCGAAUACCAAACGAUAUGUACUGCAAGCAGUGGCUCGCAUUUAUGAUCCCUUGGGCUAUGUGGCGCCUUUCGUGUUGACAGCCAAGAUUUUGCUACAACGGAUUUGGCUCUCCAAGAUGAGUUGGGACGAAGAACUACCAGAAGACCUGGUGGGAGUGUGGUCGUCUUGGUGCCAGCAGGUGCCUUUAUUGUCUCGCGUCUCGUUACCACGGCGGCUCGGCGGGAAGAUGUCGGAGGGCAGCAUCGCGCUGCAUAUGUUUUGCUACGCGAGUCCGCGAGCAUACGGUGCGGCCGCAUACCUGUUGACGCUCGACAGGGACGGUCAUUACAGUGCGGAUCUUCUUUUGGCAAAGUCUCGGGUGGCCCCGGUCAAAACGGUCUCCUUACCGAGACUCGAAUUAAUGGGUGCCGUCAUCGCGACCAGGCUUAUGAGAUUCUUACAGACGACGUUAUCUCUGUCCACCGUACCCACUCUGUUAUGGACGGACUCUGAGAUAACACUCUACUGGAUUUACGGAUCGACGAACGACUGGAAACCUUUUGUACAGAACCGGGUGUCGGAGAUACGAGCUGGUACGGAGCCUAGUCAGUGGCGCCACUGCCCCGGCAAAGAAAAUCCCGCGGAUCUUCUCACGAGAGGCACUUCAUGUCUCCAAUUGCUGAACAACAGUGUAUGGUGGCAGGGGCCCUCGUGGCUUAUGGAUCAAAAGUCUUGGCCUCCAGCAUGGCGUACUCCAGAUGAACCCUGCGUCGAGGUACGAAACGAAACAAAGGCCCAGACGGCGUGCUGCGUACCCAUCUUGGCUACUACUACCCUAAUGGAUGUUGCCAAAUACAGUUCGCUCCACCGGCUGCUGAGAGUUACCGCUUGGGUGUCAAGAUUCCUGCACAACGGCAGGCAUACCACAGCCGAAAGGAGGGGACCUUUGACGGCCGCCGAGGUAGUUGCAGCGGAAACAUACUGGGUCACAGCGGCACAGCGUCAAAUUUUCGGUUCUCAUCCCGCGGUGCACAAGUCCUUACAAAAUGUGUCUGUCUUCCAUGAUGACGAUGGCGUUCUCCGUUUGACGGGCCGCCUUCAGUACAGCGAUUUUGAAGAGACCCAGAAGCAUCCCAUCGUCAUUCCCGCUGACCACCCGUUCACAGCUCUUUUAGUUUUCCGGGCUCAUGUCAGGCUUCUGCAUGCUGGAGUUCAGGAGACACUCGCCGCGCUCCGGGAAGAGUACUGGGUUCUCCGUGGUCGUCAGGCUGUGAAGAGGAUCGUAAAUGGAUGUCGCACUUGCCGACGAACAAAGGUUCAGGCGUGCACAGAAGUUACCGCUCCGCUACCACGAGACCGCUUGUCACAGUCCGCACCAUUUGAAGUGACAGGCACCGAUUUUGCGGGUCCACUGUACCACAAGUGUUCAAAAGGCGGCGGAAGAAAGUGCUACAUCCUGAUUUUUACCUGUGCCGUCACUAGGGCUGUUCACCUAGAGCUCACGAAGUCUAUGUCUACCGAGGAUUUCCUAAUGGCUCUUAGAAGGUUCGUAUGA